GAUAACCACAUUGGAAUCAACGUGAACUCCAUUGUUUCUGUUGCUUCUGUUGAUGUCGUGGCAAAAGGCAUUGAUCUUAAGAGUGGAAGGAAGAUUACGACGUGGAUUGAAUAUAACAAUGAAUUGAAAUUGAUCCGAGUGUGGGUUGCUUACCUGCCAAUCAAGCCACCGAGCCCCCUUCUCUCUUCCCAGAUUGACCUCUCCUUGCAAUUCAAAGAGUACAUGCACGUUGGAUUCUCUGCUUCUAAUGGGCAGGGCUCUGCAAUGCAUGUUGUGGAGCGAUGGCGGUUCAAGACAUUUGAGUCUCACAAGCAGCCUUUUAUCACCCCUGUUGACACAGUUGAAGAAGGGGACUGUUUAGUCUGCUCUCCGGAUGAUUCACACAGCAGCAGCAACCUGGAGUUUGGGGUAGAAAGAAAACCCAAGUCAGGCGACUUGGCUCUUUUUCUCGAAGGUUUAGCAGCAUCUGUCUUAACUCUAUCAUUGAUUAUUGCCAUAAUCAGUUUCUUUGUGAUAAAGAAGAAAAGACUUGUUAGGAGAACGAGUAAAGAAGGCCAAACUUAUAGAGUUCAAAUGAACCAAAUGCCGGCCAGAUUGUCACUUGCAGAUAUAAAAUCAGCCACGGUUGGUUUUCAUCAUAAUAAAAUUGUUGGUUCGGGUGCAUCAGCGACUGUUUACAAAGGUUGUUUGCCUUCAGGUGGAACAGUAGCAAUUAAGAGGUUUGAUCGAGCUAACUGGAAAGAGAGCAACCGCAAUCCUUUCAGUACAGAGUUUGCAACAAUGGCGGGUUGCUUAAGACACAAAAACUUGGUACAACUUCAAGGUUGGUGCUGCGAGGGAGCAGAGUUAGUCCUCGUUUAUGAGUACUUACCCAACGGAAGCCUUGACAAAAUCCUUCACCACAGGUCAAGUAGUGAAAUCCUCCUCUCUUGGCAGCAAAGGUUGAACAUACUUGUUGGAGUUGCCUCUGCUCUCUCAUACUUACAUGAAGAGUGUGAGAGACAGAUAAUCCAUAGAGAUGUUAAAACUUGCAAUAUAAUGCUUGAUGCAGAAUUUAACGCCAAGCUCGGAGAUUUUGGAUUAGCGGAAGUUUAUGAACAUAGAUCUGUUGCAAGGGAAUCUACGAUACCAGCUGGGACAAUGGGAUAUCUUGCUCCUGAGUAUGUAUACUCGGGUGUUCCAUCAAUGAAAACUGAUGUUUACAGCUUUGGCGUGGUGGUGCUGGAAGUAGCAACAGGGAGGAGGCCGGUUGAUGAUGAGGGGAUGAUACUUGUUGAUUGGGUGUGGAAACUAUGGGAAAAUGGAAAACUGGUUGAGGCAGCUGAUCCUGGGUUGAGAGGGAAUUUUGAGGGUGUAGAGAUGGAGAGGACGAUAAUGGUGGGGCUUUGUUGUGUGCACCCAGAUCAUGAAAAGAGACCAACCGUGAAGGAUGCAGCCAGGAUUCUUAGAGGUGAAGCACCACUUCCCCUUUUGCCUGCGAGGAAACCAGCCAUAAGGAUUCGGUCUGUUGUGCCUGGACAUUCUGAAGAAGAAUUACUCAAUUCUGGAGAUCACAGUCCUGGAGUAGAUGAUGCACCAUGGUUAACGCCUAGAUCACAAUUUAGCUGA